AUGCCUUCAAAUCCAAAUAGAUCUAUAUAUGACUUUUAUAAUAUUACUGAUAUUAUAGGAGAAGGUACAUUUUCGACAGUUACAUUAGCAAAUCAUAUUGAGAAAAUAGAAGAUAAAUAUGCGAUUAAAAUUAUAUCUAAAGAAGUAUUGGAUAAUGAGAGAAGAACUUAUGUCGAUUGGGAAAUAUCAAUUUUAUCCAAAUGUCAACAUCCAAAUAUAAUUAAAUUCUAUGAACAUUAUGAAUCCGACGAGGACAUUUGUUUAGUAUUAGAAUGGAUACCGAAUGGAGAUUUAUUCGAUAGAAUUGUGAAAAAAGGAGUUUUUAAUGAAGAAGAAGCAAGAUUAACCAUGAAAUCAUUGUUAUCAGCCGUCGAAUAUUUACAUGAUAAAUCAGUGGUUCACAGGGAUAUCAAACCAGAGAAUAUUCUAUUUAGCGAUUCAUAUGGUGGUAUUAAAUUGGGUGAUUUUGGUUUAGCGAAAUUCUAUGAAGAGAGUAUUGGUUUAGAGUUGGCAUGCGGUACUUUGGCAUAUAGUGCACCAGAGAUUACCAACAAUCAAGUUUACAGAAAAAGUGUCGAUAUGUGGAGUUGUGGUUGUAUUUUAUAUUUCAUUCUAUUUGGCAGACCGCCAUUCUAUAGUGAUGACGAAUCAGAGAUGUUUGAAUUGAUUACAAAGGGUCAAUGGGAAUUCCCUUCAAAGACUCAACAUAAAUAUUCCGAUCAAGUCAAGGAUCUUAUAAAAUUAUUAUUAGAGAAUGAUCCAAAUAAAAGAUUAACUGUAAAACAAUCAUUGGCUCAUAAAUGGAUACAAAGUAUCGAUGAGAGAUCUUUCUCUUCUGUUAUCAAACAAUCGCCAUUAAUCACCUCUCAACAACAGCAACAACAAUCGCCAUCAUCCUUAUUAUCAUCAUCGUCUUCGUCCACAGCAUCAUCACCCUCUUUAAAACCUUUAUCACCAUUGGUUGCUAUCAUCGAACAACAAGAGUAUAAUUACAAUCAUCAACAAUUACAAAAUCAUAAUAUACUUCAUAGUAGUAACAGUCAUAGUCGUCAUCAUCAUGCCUCUUCUGCCAACUCUACAACUGUCGACCAACAACAAGAAGAAGAUAAUAAUCAUCAUUACCAUCGUCAUAAUAGUAAUAAUAAUAUUAAUAAUAAUAAUGAUAAUAAUGAUAAUAAUAAUAGUAAUAGCAAUAAUAGUAAUAAUAAUAUCAAUAACUUUAUUAAUAAUAAUAAUAAUAAUAAUAAUAAUAAUAGUAACUUUUUUGACGACGAUGAUGAAAUAGAUAUCAAUCAAAAUGAAAUGGAUGAUAUUGACGAUGAACAACAACAACCAACCAAUUCUUUACGUUCAUCCUCAAAACCAAUUGCGAUAAAGAAAAGUCAAAUAAGAACAAGUUUGAACGGAAAUAUUGAUAUAAAACGUGGGGUGCUAACUCCUUUGUGA